AUGGAGUCCAGAUUUUGUUACCGAUUUACACCGGAAAAACCGGUCAGUUUUCUGGCCGACAACAGCACCGAAACGAGGGGUACAUUGAAUUUUGCGGCCGAAUUCUGGCAGCCGUUCAUCGAUGUAAAUGAGCACAAAAUAUGCGGCCCUUUGCUGGGCGUUGUCAUCGAAAUAUCACGGCUACUGAGAGUCGACCUGAACUACAUCGAGGACACAACCGACGACUGGAUGCCAUUCGCGCUGAUUGACCCCUUUAACAGCCUGCACGGAUACGACAGGUAUGACAGCCGGUUUUCGCUCGCCUCCCGAUCCAUAUUCCGGUUGUUGAAGAUAUUUGAGUACAAAAUAUGGCUAAUAUUUUGGUUGCUAUACUUUGCGCUAACUGUGCUGUGCUAUUACGUACCGUCGACUCUCGAUGUAGUAAACCACAAGCAUAAGGUGUUUAUUGUUUUCAUUGGCAUUAUAUUUAAGCAAAGCGUACAGACAUUAAAAAGGACAGACACUACGGCCCCUAUAAUGAUGAUCUGGUAUUUGACCACAUUUAUAGUGAUAUCGGCCUUUUCCGGUGCCCUCCUGUCGUUCCUAGUGGUGGCCAAACCCUAUAAUAAGAUCGACUCAAUCGCCGAUUUGGCCAAAAGUGACAUUAAAUUUAUCAUAUUUGAUGGCGAGACGAGUGUCGAGUACUUUAAUGACACAUCGGAACCACUUUUUGGUGACUUCUUCAACCGGUCUAUCGUUGAAAACCCGGAGAAUAAUAAGCAAAAAGAGUGGGAACUCAAGGUGUUUCAACAGAUCAAUGAUGGUGAACGAGCUAUUGUCUCGGAUCAGCUCUUUUUGGACUUUUAUUUUGCCACCAAAGCCCAAAAUUAUACUAACUUGUAUAGAUCGGUUGAUAAUCAGCUAGUGUUACCAUAUUUUAUGCCUGUGACACAUCAUAAUUCGCCCAUAACUGAAUUCUGUAUUAAUUUAAUUAUUGAACAUUUGCUGGAAAGCGGAAUAUACGAAAUGUGGGUAAAAGAGACUAUAUUUAAAAACAUUAAGGACCGGAACCGGUACUCAAAGUUUGAUUACUUGACCGACAAAUACAUGUGCUAUCCGUUGACUAUAAACCACUUUUCCGUCAUUAUUGAAUACGUCGAAGACCUGUUCCCGACCGACGAUGAAGUGCUGGUCGACAAGUCAUCACCAGUAGCUACCAGUCCUCACCACCAUAACAGCCAUAACGAGAUAAACCAUCGCGAUGUUAACCAUCAUCCGCUGCCAACAGCUUCGGGACACCACAAUGUGGUCACAUAUGACGAGUCAAGGGGUCGGGAAGUGGUGCCCAAUAACAGCCACCCGGAGCCCAAUGGGAGUCGUCGAGUCGGCAAACAGUUGGCAUUCAAUUGCAAUGUAGAGCAAGAGAUGCGCGAUCUGUGGGACGUGUUGUCCAAAUCGGCGUACGAUAAGGGCCUCGAGUCGAGCAAUAUAUUACGGGCGCCGCGUAUGGGCGACACAAUCCUCUUUUAUCAACAGCGCUCAGUCGAGGCUAAGCCACUGAUCUGGCGGUCAGAAGUGAUCCGAUAUCCGCCCCGAGCGGCCACUAAUCUCAAUACAGCCAUCAUAUCGGGUGUGGCUAUCAUUGAUAGCAAGAUGACGGGUAUGGGUGGGGAGGCGACCAUCAUUGAUGGCGGUAUCGGCUGUACGUUUGUCGAGAUCAAGUUGUCCAGCAAUUGGUCCAAAGGUUACUCGUUUACCAUUAUAGUGAUUGGCAGAUAUGUGGACACCGAUGGUGGCGAUGAUAAUACCCCACAUAAAACUUCUUAUGAUGAAUUAACUGAAUAA